GAUCAAGUGACCCGAUGGUUCUCAAGACCCGCUUCACAUUCAAUUGGUCGCGAUAAGCGCCUGUUGCUAUGCUAGCGAGUUCGGUUUUGCGGGAUAGUGGCGUUCGUUGCAUAGAUCCGACUGGGACCUGAAGCUCUCCUUGGAUCGCGAACGUCCUUGAUAAUUUCUAAUUGCCUUGCACGAUGGCGGGAGGGCUGUACCGACUCGCGAGCGCUGCGGUACGCCAGGAGCGUGCAGUACACGUGCACGGUCCAUGGUGGGGACGGCGACCCGGGAUUAAAAUCUUCACCGUGCAAACCAUUUCUCGCUCUUUCUUCACCCCCUCAUCAUCUCAGGUCUAGUCUCCCGCCCCUCUCUGGGACAGCUCGUGCUCGGUCGAUAUCGACGCUACCCAGGCCCCAAGACUUCUAUUCGCUGUCCACAGCGACCUCGAGCAUGGAGCAGAAGCGGCGCAAGGGGAUAACGUGUUCCGACGACCUCGCGUCCAGUGUAAGGGAUCUAGCUAGGAUUAUGGUGUCCAUCCUGGCGGGCUUGACAGCAGCGCCUCGCUCAAGUUGCGCGACGAGGAUCCUGGAACCGCUGCGGGAAGCGUCUAAGCAUCUAAUCCCGAUCCUUGAGACGCUCGAUAUCUUCGUCGCCUGGCUUCGCGAUAGUCAGGCGCAGGGUAUCAGCGCUCCGCAUAGUGGGUCACAAUUGUUCCCCUCGGAAUUCCAUCAUCUGACGCGCGCGCUUGCACAAGAUCCCUCAAAAAUCACUGGCGACACGAACAUCGACGGCAUGAGAAUGGACGACCUCCUCGUGGAACUGCGCAAGUUGUUCAAGACCGUGAAGUACGACUUCGAAAACCUUCGAUGGCAUAUCUGCACGCCGACGGGUCCCCGAAGCCUCCUCUGCCAGCAUCUACACGGCGUCCCCCGCAUUGUCGCCACCCUCUCCUCCCUCAUCCCUCGCAGGGCCCGGUCGCCCGCGGACGAGGCGAUCAUGGACCUCAGCCGCGACUUCUGCGCCCGGUUCGCCCAUUUUGGCGCAUGGUGUAGCGGUCUCCUCCGCCGGUUGCAGAGCGUCGUGGACGCUUGCCGUUGCACGGGCCCAGCGCUAGAUUGGGAGGAGGAGGGGAAGGUGCGGCUGGACCUCCAGAUGUUGCUCAGUGUCGACCCCAUGGCCCGCUUUCGCGAGGCCGAGGAAGCCGUUGAUCGCCCAACGACAUGAACGUCACUGACGCUGACGGGCCAGCCAUCUGUCUCAGCGGAACCGCUCGGCUCUCCGCCAGGAGGCGUCGCCUGUUGUCGCGUGAAGGCACAUCCUGUACAUCCUCCGUCGCCCUGGUGGUAAUUGAGCAUCGUCUCCCUAGAAAACCGUUAGUACACAAGGACAAUGAAGAUCCGUCAUGCCUCGCGUACUUGUGGGGAUUAUGGCCUGUAUCGUUAUGUCUCUCAGGAAAG